GCGAUGUUCGGACACUACACCGCCUUCGUCCGGGCUACAGGGGGCUCGGACUGGUUCUACGCAAACGACAGCCAUGUUGAACCUGUUUCCUGGGAGGCUGUGAGGGAGACGUACGGCGGUCGCAGCAGGACAGCCUACAUGCUGCUGUACCGGAGAGAGCCCACCCAGACCCAGGGAGGGGGAGAGGGGGAGGAACAAGAAGGAGAGAGACAAGAAGGAGAGAGACAAGAAGGGGAGGUACAAGAAGGGGAGAGACAAGGAGGGGAGAACGGGGAGUGA